CUAAAGCUCUGCUCCCUAAGCAAUGGUUGCACGGUUGCUACCAGUACUUUUACUCGCCACAACUGCAUUAGGGCUGCUGUUUGAGCAAAACAAGUAUGUAUUGUCAGAAUCAGAAGGAGGUGUAAUGAUGUGUGUGCAAGCCCCGGACCCACCUCUCCAGGCCCCACUAGAGUUUUUCAUUGUGGAUGAACCAGACACUGCUUUACGUGAUCAAGACUACAUUCCAAUAGGAGAAUUUGGAGCAGUGUUAAACGUCUCUGUUUGUUUCAGUUUGUCCCAAUACAUAGUGGAUGAUAGGGCAGUUGAGGGGACGAAGGUGUUCACUGUGAGACUCAUAGCGACCAAUGGUAGUAUACGUAUAGACACAGCUGCAGUAUACAUCAUUGAUAAUGAUGGAGCCCACUUUCGAUUAGUCAACAGAUUAAAUCCAGAAUUUGGAGCUGGUAUAUUCUCCAUUACUGAGACCAACGUCAACAUGAGCCUCCCAGUGUGUGCAGAACUGGUGACGGGUGGGGAAACAGAUAUGCAAAGAGCAGCCAUUGGCUUGGAGAGGGAGGCUGUACUUCUCAUCACUACAAUGGAGAGAGCUGCAGACAGUAAUGACUUUCUGGUGGUGAACAACAAGACUUUGACCUUCCCCACCGGCUCCACCAAUUCCCUCCAACUGUGUGAGGAGAUCAUCAUUUUUGGUGACAUUAUUCCAGAGCAAGCGGAACUGUUCAUGUUUAGUGUGAGCACUGCUGACUCACUGGACGUCAUUGAGGGACCAACCAGCUCUACAGUUAUCAUACAAAACGAUGAUCCUAUUCCCGACUGCGGUCAGCCCCCUAGUCCAGGGGAGAGAGGUGUGGUCAUGUACAAUAGUACCCUCCUGGGAUUCAGGGCAGUGUACAGCUGUGAGGUGGGGUACCAGCUGGAACCGAGGGGAGGGACAGAUUCGGAGAGAGUAUGUCUGCUCAGCGGAAACUGGAGUGGAGUGGACCUCACCUGCACAAUUGUGAACUGUAGUAUUCUGACCCCUCCCCUCCUCGGUGCGGUGGUGCUUAACCAGACCAGCUUUGGGGCAGUUGCUGUCUAUGCUUGUCUCCGUGGUUACCAGUUGCUAGGAAACAGCAGCCGCACUUGCCAGGCCAAUGGACAGUGGUCCAGCAGGGCGCCACUUUGUAAAGCCGUAGACUGUGGAGAUCUCUCAGAGCCGGAUAACGGAUUCAUUGCUAUCAACAGCACGACCUUCACAAGCACUGCUAGCUACAGCUGUGCCACUGGACAUGAACUAGUUGGGAAUGAUACAAGAACGUGUGUGGCAAGUGGAAAUUGGUCCGGGAAUCAACCACAGUGUGGAGUUGUUAACUGCGGUCUCCUGGAGUCUCCUCGGCAAGGUCAUGUGACUAUCACCACCUCCGUCUAUCUCUCACUGGCGAUCUAUAGCUGUGACACUGGGUACAUGAAUACUUCCAAUCUUGUGAGGGUGUGUGAAGCGAGUGGGCAGUGGAGCAGUACGAAGCCAAACUGUACUGAUAUUGAUGAGUGCUUCUUGUCGGAGGACGACUGUCAUAGCAAUGCCUCCUGUACCAACACACUGGGAGGGUUCAGCUGCUCCUGUCAGCUGGGCUUUCAGGGAGAUGGUCAAACAUGUCUAGAUAUAAAUGAGUGCUCCCUGGACAAAACAAACUGCUCACAAGGUUGUGAGAAUUCAGUGGGAUCCUUUCAGUGUGUCUGUAAUCAAGGUUACCGACUGGCACAUGACGGCCAACUCUGCAACAACAUCAAUGAGUGUGAGGAUGGGACGCAUGGUUGCCAUGCCAAUGCCAAUUGUAUGGAUACUGAGGGCAGCUUCACUUGUUCGUGUAAAGAAGGGUUCACUGGAGAAGGAUUCAACUGUACAGCCAUCGACUGUGGAAGAUUGGAGGCUCCUCAAAAUGGUGCAAUAUCUCUUGCUAAUAGUUCCACUCGUUUCAGCUCGGUAGCCAUCUAUUCUUGUCUCCGUGGUUUCAACAUGAUAGGUGAAGCUAGUCGAGUGUGUCUGGUCAGUGGAGGGUGGAGUGGACAGGAUCCAGUGUGCAGAGUUGUUGACUGUGGACCCCUCCCCGACAUAUCACUGGGCGGAGUAAAGCUCCUCAAUGGUAGCACAGUGUAUGCAUCGGUUGCUGAGUACCAGUGUGUGACAGGCUAUCUCUUGGCUAAUGGAGAUGAGAGGAGAGAGUGUCUUAGUACUGGCCUGUGGAGUGGCAGGGCUCCUGUCUGUCUGAGUGAAGGCUCUGUGACUGAUACAUCUGUAGACAUUGUAGUGGUGGCUGUGGGCGUAUCUGUGGGAGGGUUCUCAUUGGCCGUCAUCAUCGUGUCGAUCCUCCUCCUCACUGCCGUGUAUCAGGUACGACAGAGGGGGCGGGAGAAAGUGUACGGGGUGGACAGUCACGGAACAUGGACAGGGAGCAGAGAUAGCAUUGAGCCAGUGACGUUGCGAUACACCAGACCCAUUUACGUCGACACAUUCAGCGAGGACACACACACCUCACACGCAUUCUCAGGUGUUAUAAAAGAGGGCGUCCUAACCGAGGCUGGUGCUAUGGACAUUUACGAUUUGGACUCGGCUAGAUCUAGUACAGAGUUUCCUCUGAGUGAGCGCAGUCGACCCACUUAUGCCGACAUGAACGGGGAAAGUCAGCACCAAACAUUCUUGUAGGCCGGCCUAUACACUUUUCACAUGCAGCCAAUACGCAUUUCAGAAAAAAAAACUUUUCCCAAGCAAAGAUUGUUAUUUCUUUUACUAUUAUAGCAUGACCAGUCAUGUAUAAUAAUUAUACAAG